GUUAUGCUUUUAAGUUUUGUAGCAAUUAAUAACUUUUUUAAACAGUUUUUAUUGAUUAAGUGUUAGCUUUGUUUAUUUGUUUUAGGAAAGUAAUAAAUAUUAUUUUAAUCUAUAAUAUAUUUGUGAUGGAGACUAGAGAAGAAAGAACUUCGGACGACGUUAGAAAAGUUAUAAAAACAGCUAAACUCCAUGAAUCUGAAUUAACAGAAACAACUCAGGUCUUACGAUUUCCGGGUCCUGAUCAACAAAACCACAAUUUAAGACUGAUGCUUUUAGAUGAUAAUCUACUUAAGGAAAUCGAAGCAGGAAACCAAUUAAUCUUCAAAGGUGACACAGAUGAAAAUGCCGUUUUAUGUACGAGCAAUAAAACGUACGACAUUAAAGAAGCUGAGACCUCGAACAGCUUGCUAUUGGUACCCGAUUUACUUUUCGCUGCUUCAACGGGCCUCGAUGAAACUAACGCUAAUAAUUCCAUGGAAGUCGACUCAGAUUCAUCGUUCGAAAGAUCAAAUACGAGUUUGAACAAAUCUGCCGAAUGUGAUGAAGAAAAAACGCCCAGAAAUAUCGUAUUCAAAGACAUUUUGGACACAUUCUUUACCUAUUACGAGCUGAAGCCUUGUAAACCACGUCUAUCAAAACUGAGAAAACUAUUAGAACCAACGAAGUAUCGAGGGUCUGAACUCGAGUAUUCGGUCGAUAAAUCGAAGUUGCUGACGUACGAUGCGAUUUUCGAUCAAGUGCAGUCAUCCAGAGAGGAGUUGGACGAGGAGCUAGUCAAGAUUCAGGCGAUUAAAAUCGAUGAACAUUAUCGAUUACUGGAAUUCGAUUAUGAAUUCCGAGUCCUUUCCUACUUGUUGGACUUAAUCGAUGAAAAUUCCUGGUCAUUGGAUAAAAUAUCGAAGGAAGUAACGCUGGAGAGUUUGAAAGAUCUCGUUCCGGAGUGUAUAUUGAAAGCAAUGUUUAUGUUUUAUUCAGAAGAGUCUGUUAUAGAGGAUGGAGUACAGUAUUAUCGGUAUAAGGAAAAUAAAGUUUGUAGGUUUUUGGCGAGAGUGUUGCUAAAAAGUGCGGGCAAAUUCAAUUUGGUUGAAUUCUUGCAAGCUUGGAGAGAUUCAGUGCCUGAAGGGAUGACGACUGAUGAAUCCUUGUUAGCCGGUAUAGCUCUGGUUGACAAAACAUCAACACCCCAAGUUGUAUGGGGUUUUUCAGAAAAUGAUCUGCCUGAAGAUAUAAACCAACGGUUCAAAGUUCUAUUCCAGACGAAGGCAAAAUGGACCGUCAGUGAAAUAUCGCCAUACAUUGAAUUGUACGCCACAGAAAAGUUAAACGUGAACGCGUUGUUAACGAAGCAUGCGCGCGCAUCCACCCAAGAUGGCGUCCGAGUAUUCUCAGCGAAACACAUGAAAUGAUAUUUAUUUGUUGUACAUUUGAUAGA